GUGUGUGUGCGUGUGUUCGUGUGCGUACGGAGGAUGGAUUAGGAGGAUAUACGCCGGUCGAGUAAAGCCCACCGCGGUUCUCCAUGGUGUACGCGGCGGGCAUGCAGUCGGGGGCGCAGCGCGUCCGGCCGGGUCAGCGGGACGACAUGUUCGACGCGUCCUGGAGGAUGCGCCACAUUUGGGACGGCGUGAAACUGGAGGUGACGGAGGACCAGAGCCCCGUGGUGCUGCACAGCUUUACGCACUUGGAUCCCGACCUGCCCUUGCUGGAGAGCUCGACGCAGGAGAUCGGUGAGGAGGCUGAGGACGGUGCGGUCUUCACCAUCACGCUGAGGAAGGUCCAGCUGCACCAGUCGGCCAGUAAGGGCCAGCGGUGGCUGGGCGUGGAGACCGACUCGGCCCUGAGCCUCUACGAGACCUGCAAGGUGCGCACCAUCAAGGCCGGCACACUGGAGAGGCUGGUGGAGUACAUGGUGACGGCUUUUCGGGGGAAGGACUCCACCUAUGUCACCAUCUUCCUGUGCACCUACCGAUCCUUCGCCUCCACCAAGCAGGUGCUGGACCUCCUGCUCAACAGGUAUGCCAGAAUCCAAAACCUGCCUGCGACCGCCGCACACCGACUCUCGCAGGACGAAUGCACGGAGCUGAGAAAUACCGUGUCCUCCAUCUUGGGGGCGUGGUUGGACCAGUACUCGGAGGACUUCUGGACUCCGCCAGACUACGGUUGUCUGCACCAGCUCCUCUCCUACCUUCACCUGCACUUCCCCGGCUCCGACCUGGAGCGCCGAGCUCGUAACCUCCUGGCCCACUUCCACCGCCGACAGCAGUGUGAGCCCGACCCUGACGGGGAACAUAUCGGCUGCCCUUUCGCCACACAGGAAGAGAGCGGCUUUGAGGACGAACUUCCUGCCCUCAGCUUCCUGUCCUUUGACCCCAUCAUGGUGGCCGAACAGUUCACGCUCAUGGACGCUGACCUGUUUAAGAAGGUGGUACCAUAUCACUGUCUGGGGGGGAUUUGGUCACAGCGGGACAAGAAGGGGAAGGAGCAUCUGGCGCCGACCAUCCGUGCCACCGUGGCACAAUUCAACGCCGUCACCAACUGUGUCAUAACCACCUGCCUCAGCAACCCAGCACUCAAGCCCAACCAGAGAGCCCGGCUGCUGGAGCGCUGGAUAGAGGUGGCCAGGGAGUGUCGUAUCCUGAAGAACUUCUCGUCCCUGCGUGCCAUCCUCUCUGCCCUGCAGUGUAACGCCAUCCACCGCCUCAAGAGGACCUGGGAGGAGGUGUCCAGGGACAAUUUUCGUACUUUCCGCGAGCUGUCGGAGAUCUUCUCAGAUGACAACAACUACUCCCUCAGCCGAGAGCUCCUGGUGAAGGAGGGCACGUCUAAAUUCGCCACCCUGGAGAUCAACCCCAAACGGGCCCAGAGGAGACACCAGCAGCAGAGAGACCUGGGUGUAAUGCAGGGAACCAUUCCUUACCUGGGGACCUUCCUGACGGACCUGGUCAUGAUGGACACUGCCAUGAAAGAUUACACCGAGAGUGGCCUGAUAAACUUUGAGAAGAGGAGAAAGGAGUUUGAGGUGAUCGCUCAGAUCAAACUGCUCCAGCUGGCCUCCAAUAACUACAGUUUCACUCAGGACGGCCAUUUCAGAGAGUGGUUUGCAGGAGUGGAGCGUCUGAGCGAAGCUGAGAGCUACAAUCUGUCCUGUGAGAUUGAGCCGCUGUCAGAGUCAGCCAGCAACACUCUCAGAGCCAAGAAGAACGGCGGCAUCAUGAAGCGCUGGAGCGACCGCCAACUAACGGAGGCGGGCUCCAGCGGCGGCGCAGGCUCCCACUCCAAGUCCUUCGACCACUCCCACUACAGGCCGUACCAGGGGGGCAGCGGAGGGGGUGACAGCGGUGACGCACUCAGCGUCACCUCUGUCAGCUCCAGUGGCUCGGACCUGGAGGAUGUCAACGCCAGCUUCCUGCCCGAGUCCCCGGAGGGACACGAGAGGAAGGUGAGGAAGAGGAAAGAGGAGGACAGUGGGGUCACCGCUCGUCUGCCUUUAGAGCGUGCUCUUCUUCCUGUACAACAGGAAGUGAAGACGUCAACGCCCUCAGUUAAACAUUCAGUCUCAGUCUUGGGGAGAGAAGGCCCAGCAGCGGACACCACAUCUACGUUCUGGGAGUGUACGUCGCUGUCCUCCCUGGACACCUCCGGCAUGGGCUCGGGUUCCGGCUCAGGGUCCAGCAGCGCCUCCUCCUCCUCCGUGUCCUCCUCCACGCCGCUGUCGGCCUCCCGCUCCCACAAGCGCUCGGUGUCAGCCGUGUCCAACUACUCCACGCUGUCGCUGCCGCUCUACAACCAGCAGGUGGAUGACUGCUGCAUCAUCCGUGUCAGCCUGGACGUGGAAAACGGCAACAUGUACAAGAGCAUCCUGGUGACCAGCCAGGACAAGACGCCGGCCGUCAUCAGGAAGGCCAUGAUCAAACACAACCUGGAGCGGGAAAAAACGGAGGACUACGAGCUGAUGCAGAAGAUCUCUGAGGAUAAAGAGCUGCGGAUCCCCGACAACGCCAACGUCUUCUACGCCAUGAACUCCACUGCCAACUACGACUUCGUGCUGAAGAAACGUGGCUGUGGGCGGCCGGUCCGGGCCAAGAACGUGGCGAGCUCCACGCUGCCUCGCAUGAAGCAGAAAGGGCUGAAAAUCGCCAAAGGGAUCUUCUGAGAGGCGCUUCGCCGCCUCUUCUUUUUCCACUACACGCUGAAAUUUUCCAUUUGGGGGGUCUGUUGACUUCAUCGUAGGCCCUCCGUAUCUGACCAAGCCGAAGGAUCGGUGUUGUGGAUGAAAGAAACUACUGAAAAGAAAGAAAACAAGUGUGACAGAGAAAGAGAG